GAUUCCUAGUUCUAUUUUCUUUUCGUCGAUGUCCGUCGUCGGGAUUCACCGGUCUUCGAAGUGAAGAAGUGAGGAGAAAGAGGGAUCGGAUCUGUUAGGGUUUCUAAGAAAGUGAAAUCAAUGGCGGGAGCUGGAACUUCCAUGCUCUGUUCUCUUCUUCUGUUCACUGUGAUCCUCUCGCUUCAAGAAAUGUACCGGGCUAAGUUAGCUUCUUCAGAGUUGUUCACCAUCCUUGGAGGGUUCACCAGCUCCCUCCUCUUUCUGGUGUCUCUGACCUUCAUUGGUAAUUUCCAGGAAUCAUCUGGCAUGAGAACUGGUUGGGGCGCGGUCAUACUGGCAGAAGCCAUUGCUCUUGUUGCUGCUGGCACUGUGCAUCGAGUUUGUAUCACGACCUGUUUCUUGUUCUCGGCCGGACUGUUGUACGAGAUGAGCAAGAUUUCAGGAUACAUGCUUUCCAAAACCGAAUCAAAAUCUAAAAGGCACUGAACCGGAGAUUUCAAUA